GGCGGACAAGACACCUGUCUGAGCCGGGGGAGCGCCAGUAGCGGCAGGUUGAGGCGCGGGGAGCGAGUCUCCCCCUAUCCCGGCAGUUGUAUGACCCACUCCCUCCCGUGUCCAUAGAGUGACCGAGCAUUGCUAGUGACAGGCGGCAGUAGAGUUCUGUCAGUGUUUCCUCUUGUGUGAACUUGCACUGCCACCUGCCCGCUGGGGUAGAAAGUCCCCAGCCCCCCCUAUCUGCGUAUUAGCACUGUCCCCCGGGGGCGCGCUAUCCUGGUGGGAAGCUAGAGGGGAGAUCCCAUUGUUUUGGGCGGGGGGGGGAGGAAGGAGGGAGGAUACUGAGUGAGGACUCACAUACCCGAUGCGCUGGUGGCUGGAGCGCAGCGAGAAGAAGAAGCAGAAGAAGGCAGUAGCAGUAGCAGUGGGGCUGGAUGUGGCUCUGGGGUCGGCUCCCCCCAAGCAGCAGCAGCAGCUCCGCACCAUGUUCAGCUGUGUGUCCUGCUUCUGGGUGCUGCUCUCCGCCUGCCUGGCCGCAGUGUGCAGCUUCAGCUUCAUCUCCCCGGCGUGGAUCGUGAGGUCGGGCAGCCCUGCGGAGAAACAGGAGCCGGUGAGCUUUGGCUUGUUGUGGCACUGCCCGGACACACUGGGGCACAUUGGCGCCUGUUACACGCUCGGAGGAUUGGGCAGAUUCAAUGACAUUCCUUCCAGCUCUUGGCAGACAAGUGCCGUACUUUGCUCUGGAGGUUGUGUUCUUCUGGUAAUGAGCUGCUUGCUGGCCACCAUCACCUUGUUCCUUCCUAGUGGCUUGUGUGAAAGACGCCUGUGCACCCUCGCAGGAUACAUGCAGACAGCAGCAGUGUUCAUCAUGGCAUCAGGACUUUUGGUGUAUCCGUUUGGCCUCAACGCUACGACUGUGAAAAAAUACUGUGAGAAUUCAAGCAUAUACUAUGCAGGAGACUGCCAGAUUGGAUGGGGCUACAUGCUAGCCAUCGUUGGAGUCAUGUUGUCAGUGUUUUUACCAUUCUUUGCUAAAUACGCCCCGAAAGAACACAUAUCGCCUACACCAGUCCCUACUAUUUUAUAGUAUUUGUUUUGCAAAAUGUGGUUUCUGUCUUAAACAUAGCUAGGCAGAUGGUAUGAGAGCACUUCCUUCCAGUUGUACAGCUUAAUAAAUAGGUCCGUCUUUUUCAGACCAAAAGAACAUUGAUAGUCUUCCUGAAGCAUGAUAAAUGAAAAGCCUGGGAAUUAAAUAUUUGUUUUCA